AUGAAUAAAGCAGCAGCUUCAGACACGCAGAUCAAGGAAGAGGCGUCAGGCGCGGCGUUGGCAUCGAUAAGCGUGUCCACCAAGCUACCAGAAUUUUGGACAGACUUGCCAAGGUUAUGGUUCGCACAGUUCGAGUCUGUGAUGGCCCCACAGAAGCAGGGGGAAGAAACCAAAUUCAACCUGGUCAUAUCGAAACUCGGAAAAGAGGCCAUUCAGCAGGUCAGCGACCUCGUGAUGUCACCACCCGCCCAGGACAGGUAUACGGCGCUUAAGGAGAGGCUGCUGCAGGUUUAUGAAGAGAGUGCCGAAAGACAAAUGCAGAAGUUGGUGUCGGAGCUGGAAUUGGGUUCGCAAAGACCCUCCCAGUUUUUAAGGCGCAUGAAGGAUCUGGGUCGCAGCGCACAAAUUGCGGACAACACACUCAAGAGCCUGUGGUUGUCGAAAAUGCCGUCAUCAGUUCGAGCAGUCAUGGCGGUUUGUGAAGAUCAGUCUCUGGACAAGCUGGCGGCCAUGGCAGACAAGAUUACCGAAUACACCAACGUCGGGGAUGUGGCAGCCGUGUCAUGCAAGAAGGAAACAGAUGAGCAGCCGGACGAGAAGAUGAGCAGAUUGGAGCUGGAGGUUGCAGCGCUCCGCGCCGAACUGAGGGGUCGCGGGCGCUCUAGGAGCAACGACAGACGGACCAACUUCAGGAGAAGAUCGACAUCGCGGCCGAGAAGAGCACCUGGAGACCCGGACUGGCUGUGCCGUUUUCACUUUCGGUACAGAUCGAGAGCUAACCGCUGCGAGCAACCCUGCGCGUGGCGAGCCAAGCAGUCGGGAAACUAGACGGAGUACAUGCGGGCGCGGUGGACGGAUGUACUCAAGGUCAGGACAUCACGCGCCCGCCAGCCUUCAAGGAUGUCCCAGAGCAUUCCGUGUAUCAUCACAUCGAGACUACUGGACCAC